UGGUUUCAAGCGACGUCGUUUCGUGAUUUGGAAAAGAGAAACGAUCAAAUUGGGGUCACUGCGCCACGAAUCUCUCUCAAGCAAAAACGUACUACCGCCGUCUGCCACUCACUCACUCGUCGCUUCUAUCUCCGCCGUCACCGUUUAAGACAACAACGGGCAGUAACGGUAUUGAGAAACAUGGGGCUAUUUAGGACUGUUGUUAAAGAAGCAUGGGAGAAAACGUUCUUGUUUACAAAGUUCUUAUGCUUUUUACAUGUUACCGACAACUAUCUGGUUGACCCUGUUAAGAUCUAUGGUCCUAGCAUGCUUCCUGUAAUCGAUUUGAAUCCAAGCAUCUUUCUUGCUGAAAGGAUAACACCUCGAUCUGGUAAAAUUACUCACAGAGAUAUUGUAGUUUUCCGCUCACCUCAAAACCCUAGAAGGACUGUCACAAAGCGUGUGAUUGGAUUAGAGGGUGAUAGCAUUACAUAUGUCUCUAAUCCUGAAAACAGCGAUAACGAUAAGCAUGAGACAGUUGUGGUUCCAAAGGGUCACGUUUGGGUACAGGGGGAUAACAAAUAUAACAGCACCGAUUCUAGACAUUUUGGUCCAAUUCCCUAUGGCCUUAUUGAGAGUAAGAUAUUCUGGAAGGUAUUUCCACUUAGUGAUUUUGGAUCGUUCUGGAGAAAAUGAUUCAAAGCUCUCAAUCAUGGCAGGCUCAACAUAUUUUAUGGCCGAAGGCAAACUAUGUGAAAUGGACCAGCAAAAAUAUGGGUGAUUUUUACCCCUUGGAUUGUAGAUGUUACUUUAGGGGUUAUCGUUUUGUUGAAGUUCCCCAUAUAGUUGACUGAAACAGAAUCAGACAUCGUACCCACUUAUCCUUAAACGAAAAUAAGUGAGCUACACCAUAGUAAACACGUGUCACUUCACGUGUGUGUGUCACUACUUAAAUUGAUUUUAGAAUUGGUGCAUCAGGUGGAGUCAAUAUCGUCUUCAUCGUAUUGUGAAUCUGAGCCAGUUGAGCAGGUAGAGCAGUAGUUUUUUUUUAACAUUGGCAAGGGUAGAUUUGUAGUUGGUCAUUAAUAAGUAUUUGCAGCGAUGCUCUCAAUUGAUGCACAUCCCUCUGUGUAUGACUUGAAAAGUAAGGCUUCUCGUAAAGAUUCAUGUAACAUGUUUCUAGAUAAGGGAAGUUAACUCAUUUUAAAUGUUUUCCAAUUAAAUACAUAUAAAAAUACCAUGAUAAGAACAUAUGAUCCUAGCAAUUUUGAAAGUAUUUGCCACCUCUAAAAAUUGCAUAAGGUGUAAGUAUGGAUCCUCUAUCGCAACAACAAAAAAAUUGCCCCAUCCUUUGUAACAUCUUAAACAUCAUUUGUUUGAAUUCAAAGUGAUUAUUGGCCA